UCUUGUUCAUCAAUUACACUAAUCUAUUCAUUCUUCACAUAUUUAAACACCUUCCUUUGGAUAAAGUAGCAUCUGCUCUCAGACUUGCAACAGCUGUCAACAGCCAUGGAAUUAUGUAUUCUCCUCUUCCCUCUAAUUCUUCAGGUUCUAGUUUCUUCCUACCCUGCAUCAGCUGCAAACUCGAAACUCUUCAGAGAAUACAUAGGAGCUGAGGACAAGGGUGUCACGUUUUCAGAUGUACCUAUUCAUCCAGAAGUUGAUUUCCACUUCAUCCUCUCCUUUGCCAUUGACUACACAACCUCAUCUUCACCCCCUUCCCCCACCAAUGGUGACUUUAUUGCAUAUUGGGAUACAAAGAACCUCACCCCUUCUCACGUUUCCUCCAUCAAAGCCAGUCACUCAAACGUCAAGGCAGCCAUGAGUCUUGGGGGUGAUACCAUCAAUGACCAAUAUGUGUACUUCAACCCUGAAUCAAUCAAUUCCUGGGUCAGAAAUGCUAUUCAUUCAAUAACAGAGAUAGCAACACAGUAUAGUUUGGAUGGAAUAGAUAUAGACUAUGAACACUUCCAUGCAGAUCCUGAGACAUUUGCUGAGUGCAUUGGGAGGCUUCUUUUCUACCUAAAACAAAAUAAGGUCGUCUCGUUUGCUUCAAUAGCACCCUAUGAAGCUGAUUCUGUGCAACCAUAUUACUUGGCUCUGUGGAGGCGGUACAGUCAUCUCAUAGACUAUGUAAACUUCCAGUUUUACGCCUAUGAUAAGGGGACAACUAUUUCUCAAUUUCUUGAACACUUUGAGGAACAAAGUUCCAAUUACAGAGAUGGUAAGGUCUUGGUGAGCUUUGGCACUGGUGAUAGUGGAGGCUUGUCUCCGGAACAUGGGUUCUUCAGAGCUUGCAAAAGGCUUAAGCAUCAGGGAAAACUUCAUGGCAUUUUUAUUUGGUCGGCUGAUGACUCCAAGAAGGCAGGUUUCAAGUAUGAGAAGCAGUCACAAACCUUAUUGGCCAGCACGAAAUGAUCUCUCCCCCUAUCACGUCGUUCUUUUCUAGCGCUGAAUGAAAUACCAUCUACAGAUGGAAACUGAUUAACUUGUUGCAAAAAGAAUUAGUUAGCAAGUGUAUCAAGUGUACUGGAUAAAUUCAUAUUGUAUGUCUAAAUAAAAUAAAUGGUCUAGA